AUGCAUAAAUCAAGCACCAUUGCCACAAAAGUCCCUGAAGAAAUGGCACACACUCCAGUAGAAAUAGGUACUAGAGGCACAGUUGGAACCCUUAUAAUGAAAGAAAUCGAGUACUUCAGCCAGCUCGAAUUAAGCUGCCAAGGUAGCUCGCAGAAGCCUCAGUUCCCUAUUACAGACAAGGCUUCCUCUAGCAGUCAUUCCAGACCCACUUUUGGAUCCGUGACAGCAACCCAAAAGAAGAAAAAUAAAGGCAGCAGGCUCCUACCAGGCAUAUGUUCUAUGGUGGAAGUUUCAGACAACAAUCGACCAAUCGGGAUUUCUGGUUUCAGUUACAGGAACCUUAAAUCUGAUCUGAAGAAGUUGUAG